AAUUCCUAGGAGAUCAAGAAAGAGCCACCAACCUUGGGGUCACCUGUGCUGGGUCUGUGUCUCUCCUCACAACACUGGAGCAGGGGGGGGGGGGGCUGUUCCUGUGUGUCUCAUUCCUUCUGUGGCUCUAAUUUCUCUCCCCUCUCCAUAAAGGUGAUCUCAUCCCCCCCUUGGACGUGUCCCCCACCCCUGUACAGAUGGUGCUGCAGGGGGUCCAUUGCUGACGCCAGGCGAUCCCCAGGCAGAUACGGCCGCGCUCCGGCUCAGAGACGGGCCAUGGCUGCCCAGGUGGCUCCCCCAGCCGCUCUCAGGCUCCAGUUCCAGCCCCCACCGGGAUGUGGCCUGGUUCCCAAAGAGGAAGUGGAAGAGCCAGAUGCCCACGGAGCCGUCGACAUGGAGAUGCAUCGUCUGCGCUUCAGGGGGUUCCGCUACCAGGAGGCUGAGGGGCCCCGGGAGGCGUACGGCCACCUCUGCCUCCUCUCCCGGGCAUGGCUGAGGCCGGAGCAGCGCUCCAAGGAGCAGAUGCUGGACCUGCUGGUGCUGGAGCAGUUCCUGAGCAUCCUGCCCCAGGAGAUCCAGAGCUGGGUGGGGGGGUGUCACCCCCAGACCGGGGAGCAGGCCAUGGCACUGGCAGAGGGUUUCCAGUUAGCCAAGCAAGAGCCCGGAAUAUGGCCACAGCAGGAGGAGCCGGUGACGUGGGAGAAGGAGGCUGCGUGUUCCUCCGGGGCAGAGCGGGCAGCGCUGUCCCCAGAACAUGGCAAGAUCUGCAGGGAGAUUAAGGAGGAGGAGGAAGAAACUCUGAUCUCGCCGGCAGGUGCCAGCACAGAGGAGGGGAAUCCCCAGCAGGAGGGGUCUGUGGAAGCGACGUCCAGGAGUGCCAAGCAGGGAGAUGCUGGUGGGGCGGGACAGCAGCAGGGAGACCCCCUGGGUAAUGGACUGAACUCAUCCGCUGAGCAUGAAAUGAGUUUCUCUGGCCUCGAGACUCCAGUGGAGGGGAGACUCGAUCGGUCCGACUGCGGGGGCGAGAACCAGGGCGGGGUGUGCCGGCCACGGGGGGACCCCCCGGCUAAGACCCCCAAGGCCAGGCGCCCCAACGCCUGCGCCGUGUGCGGCAAGACCUUCAGCAACAGCUCCAACCUGAAGAAGCACCAGACCACCCACACCGGGGAGAAGCCCCACGAGUGCCCCCAGUGCGGCAAGCGCUUCAGCCACAGCUCCAACCUGCGCAAGCACGAGCGCACCCACACCGGCGAGCGCCCCUUCCGCUGCCCCGAGUGCGGCAAGAGCUUCCGCGAGAGCUCCAAGCUGCUCCGCCACCAGAACACCCACGGCCGCGAGCGCCCCUUCCGCUGCGCCGAGUGCGGCAAGGCCUUCGGCGACGUGGCCCGGUGUCUGCGGCACCAGGCCCGGCACACGGCGCGGGCCUAUGCCUGCGGGGAGUGCGGCAAGAGCUUCCGCCAGAGCUCCACCCUGCUGCUGCACCAGCGCGUCCACACCGGAGAGAAGCCCUUCACCUGCCCCGACUGUGGCAAGAGCUUCAGCGUCAACGCCAACCUGGCGCAGCACCGGCGCACCCACACCGGCGAGCGCCCCUUCCCCUGCGCCCAGUGUGGGAAGCGCUUCACCCAGAAAGCCACCCUGGUCAAGCAUCAGCGCACCCACCGGCGCGGCGAGGGGGCCGGCGAUGCCGCAGGGCCCAGGCUGGUGCAGCACCUGCGGUUCCUCCCGGAGCAGGGCCCUUCACCUGGCCAGAUGUGGGCGAUGCUGCGGCUGCAGCUGGGUGCCCGCUCGCCUGCCCCGGGGCCACAGUGGAGGACUGGGGACGUACCUAUGGGCAAACAGCAACAGAGGCAGCAGAUCGCUGCCCGGAGCAAGCAACCACGGGCCCAAGAUUCGAUGGCGCAGCCGGGCAGCCCAUCCCAGGAUGAGAUGGAGCAAAAUACACCCCUGACAGCAGAGAACCAGUCGCCUGCUGAGCAUCCAGAGGAUCCCGAAGCACAGCAGGAAACAGCAGGUACCGGGACGGAGGAGGAAAUUCCCCUGUGGGAAGGACCUGGAGGAGCAGAGCCGCACGGGCCAUCCCAGAGCCCCAAGGGCGGGGAGGCUGGUGAAUUGGGCCGGCAGAGGCGGGCAAAGCGGGAUGGUGAAGUGGCCCCGCCAGGCCGCUCCUCCCGUGAGGGGCCCAUCAUCUGCGGGGACUGCGGGAAGAGCUUCGCCAAGGACUCGGAGUUCGUCAAGCACGAACGCACCCACACGGGGGAGCGACCCUACCAGUGCCCCGACUGCGGGAAGGGAUUCACCAACAGCUCCAACCUCCUGCGCCACCAGCGUAUCCACAGCGGCGCCAAGCCGUACCCCUGCGCCGAGUGCGGGAAGAGCUUCCGCCACAAGGAGCACCUGACCCGCCAUGGCCGCGUCCACGCCGUGGAGAAGCCCCACGUCUGCACCCACUGCGGGGAAGCCUACAGCAGCCGCACCAACCUGCUGCGGCACCAGAGCAGCCACACGGGGGAGCUGCCCUACAAGUGCGCCGAGUGUGGCCGGCGCUUCGGGGAGGCGGCGGCGCUGGCAGGCCACGCGGUGAUCCACAGUGGGAAGCCCCACAUCUGCCCCGAGUGCGGGAAGGGCUUCCGGCGCGGCUCGUCGCUGCGGGAGCACCAGCGGGUGCACACCGGGGAGCGGCCCUACGGCUGCCCGCAGUGUGGGAAGGGCUUCAGCCAGCGCUCCUCCCUGGUGCUGCACCGGCGCACCCACACCGGCGAGCGCCCCUACGUCUGCGGCGACUGCGGGCGCAGCUUCAGCGUGAGCUCUGCCCUCAUCACCCACCAGCGGCUGCACACCGGGGAGCGCCCUUUCCCGUGCCCGGAGUGCCAGAAGCGCUUCAGUGACCGCAAGGCCCUCAAGCGGCACCAGCGGGUCCACACUGGGGAGAGGCCCUACCGCUGCACCGACUGCGGCAAAGGCUUCAGCCAGAGCUCGGCGCUGGCCACCCACCAGCGCAUCCACACCGGGGAGACCCCGUACGGCUGCGGGGCCUGUGGCAAGCGCUUCGGAGACCUCUCGGCUCUCAAGCGGCACGAGCGCAUCCACACCGGGGAGCGGCCCUACCGCUGCGGCCAGUGCGGGAAAGCGUUCAAGCACAGCUCGGCCCUGGCCCAGCACAGCCGUACCCACACCGGAGAGAAACCCUACGUCUGCUCUCAGUGCGGCAAAGCCUUCUCCCAGGGCUCCACCCUCAUCCAGCACCAGCGGGUGCACACCGGCGAGCGCCCCUACCCUUGCCCCCAGUGCGGGCGAAGCUUCUCCCAGGGCUCUGCCCUCACCCAGCACCAGCGCACCCACACCAAGGAGAGUGACCCGCUGACGGGGCCCGGCGGGGCCCGGAUCUACCGGGACCCUUUCAUCCAGCCGCGGGAUGAGGACGAUGAGGAGGAUGGGGUGGGGGAGGUGCUGGUGCUGCCUCCUGGGACGUGGGACGCGGAGCUGGACGUGCAGAUCAAAGAGGAGCCGGAAGGGGAAAUGAUCUCAGGCAAGAUGGAUCCUCCGAGCUCCCUGCUGGAGCCCGGUUCCCAGUCGCGGGGCGGAGGCAGCCGGUUCCCCCGGGGCUCCCCGGACAAGCCGCUGCCGGAGCCCCGCGAGCGGCAGGACCUGGAUCGGCCUGCCCUGGGCGAGGAGGGGAGCGGCCCGGCACAGGAGCUGGUGGUCGCUGCGGCUGGCUACCAGGUGCCGGUGGGGUUCGAGGAGGUGGCUGUGUAUUUCUCCCAGGAGGAGUGGGGGCUCCUGGACGAAGGGCAGAGGCAGCUCUACAGGGACGUCAUGCAGGAGAAUUACCAGACUCUGAUCUCGCUGGGAUUCCCUGUCCCCGACCUGGCUGUGAUCUCCUGCAUGGAGCGAGGGGAAGAGCCGAGAGUCCCUGAUCUCCAGAGCUACAAGGAAAGGGAGAUCCUGAGAGGCGCCCACAUAGGUGCUGGGAGAGAGAAGGAGAAGUCCCAACAGGAAGGGCCUGCGGGAGAGGAGCUGAAUGGGACGUCCCGGAGCCCUGAACAGGGAGAUGGUGGCAGAACAGGACGGCAGCGGGCAGAGAAGGAGCCAGGGCGCAGGCGCAGAAGGGCACGGCCCGUCAACUGUGGGGAUUGUGGGAAAAGCUUCACAAAGAACUCAGAGUUAAUCAAACACCAGCGCACGCACACGGGCGAGAGGCCCUACCAGUGCCCCGAUUGUGGGAGGUGCUUCGCAAUCCGCUGCAGCUUGGAUCGCCACCAGCGGGUCCACACCGAUGAGCGGCCCUUCCCCUGCACCCGCUGCGGGAAGAGCUUCAAGCUUAGCUCGGCCCUGAGCCGGCACCGGCGCGUCCAUGCUCAGGAGGGGCCCUGUUUCUGCGCUGAAUGCGGCAGGGGUUUCCGGCACAGUGCUGCACUGACCCAGCACCAGGCUGAGCACCUGAACCACAGAGACCCCACCAACGGACCUGUGGGGACACGGGUCUACAAGGACCCCUUCGUCCAGGCACGGGACCUCGAGGGGGAGGCUGGUGGGAUGUGGGCAGAGGCAGCUCUACGGGGCAACUUCCACGACCAUUAUGAGACUCUGACUUCUCUGGCAGGAUUCCCUGUCCCUGAGCCGGCCAUGACCUCCCGGAUGGAGGGAGGGGAAGAGCCGAGGGUCCCGGAUCUCCAGGGCGCGGAGGAAAAGGAGAUCCUGAGAGGUGCCCGCACAGCAGGUGCCGGGACGGUGAGUGAAAACGAAGAGGAGAAUCACCAGCGGGAAGGGCUUAUGGGAGCGAAGCCACACGGGAUGUCCCAGAGCCUCCAGCAGGGAGAGGCUGUUGAGAGCCAGGGUGGGGUGGGGCUGGGACAGAGGAAGGCCCAGGCUAACUCCGCACCCCAGGCACGGCACAGGCGGGUGGGCCGUGUCAUCUGUGGCGACUGCGGGAAGACCUUUGUGAAGAACUAUGACCUCUUCAAGCACCAGCGGGUCCACACAGGAGAGAAACCUUACAGCUGCCCUGACUGCGGGAGGAGCUUCGCCUUCCACUCCACCCUCAGCAAACACCAGCACAUCCACACCGGCGCCAGGCCCUUCCAGUGCGCCGAGUGUGGGAAGAGCUUCCGGCAGAAAGGCCACCUGACCCGGCACGGCCGCGUCCAUGCUGGGUUAAAGCCCUAUGUCUGCGCCCACUGCGGGGCAGCCUACAGCAGCCGCACCAACCUGCUGCGCCACCAGAGCGGCCACACGGGGGAGCUGCCCUACAAGUGCACGGAGUGCGGCCGGCGCUUCGGGGAGAUCGCCGCCCUGGUGGCACAUCUGGUGGCGCACUCCGGGGAGCGGGCCCACAAGUGCCCCGAGUGCGGGAAGAGCUUCCGGCGCGGCUCGUCGCUGACGGAGCACCGGCGGGUGCACACCGGGGAGAAGCCCCACGUCUGCCCCCAGUGCGGGGAGAGCUUCAUGCGCCGCGCCACCUUCAACGACCACGUGCGCGGCCACUCGGGGGAGCGGCCCAAUGUCUGCGACGUUUGCGGGAAGAGCUUCACCAAGCGGCACUCGCUGCUGCAGCACCAGCGGUCCCACACCGGAGAGAAGCCUCACCAGUGCCCCGACUGCCCCAAGAGCUUCAUCGCCAGCUCCGCUCUGGUGCAGCACCGCCGGAUCCACACCGGCGAGACGCCCUACCGCUGCGAGGAGUGCGGGCGCAGUUUCAGCCAGCGCUCGGUGCUGACCACGCACCGGCGGCUGCACACUGGCGAGCGGCCCUACAAGUGCGGCCAGUGCGGCAAAGGCUUCAGCCAGAGCUCGGCGCUGACCCAGCACCGCCGCACUCACACGGGGGAAUCGCCUUAUGGCUGUGCCCAGUGUGGGCGGAACUUCAGUGGCAUGUCGGCCCUCAAGCGGCACCACCGGACCCACACCGGCGAACGGCCCUUCCGCUGUGGCCAGUGCGGGAAGGGCUUCAAGCAGAGCUCCACGCUGGUCCAGCACACCAGGAUCCACACGCAGGAGAGGCCCUUCUCCUGUACCCAUUGCGGCAAGAGCUUCAGCCAGCGGUCAGCUCUCGCCAAGCACCAGCGGACUCAUGCCAAGGAGAGCGGCGGCUCCCACGAGGCCGUGGGGACACGGUUCUACAAAGACCCCUUCGUUCAGCCGGGGGAGGGUGGCACCGAGCCCAAGGAGGUGGUGGUGGUGCUCCCGCCGGGGACGUGGGAUUGUGAGAUGGCCCCCCGGGUGAAGGAGGAGCCGGGGACACCCCUGCAGGUGAAGGAGGAACCGGAUCUGCCUCAGCAUAUUCAUGAUGAGCCCUAUCGGGUUAAACAGGAGCAGCCAGAGCUGCCACGGGAAAUUAAAGAGGAGCCAGCGCCGCCCCUGCAGAUUAAAGAGGAGCCUGAAUGAAGGGAAGAUUUUUGGGAGGGGCUGGAUUGAGGGUUUGGCUAGCGGAUGGUGGAAUAGGAAUUAGACGUGGAGGGGCUUUUUCCAGGGACACUGAGCCACCCGCCUACCCAGACAACCGGGGACAAGAUGGAGGGGUCAGAGCCCGGGAUGUUGGAAUAAAAAAAUGAAACAAACGUUAUGAAGGAAAAAUGUAAAGAGCAGGUACAUUGCUUCAAAGGGGUCCUGGGCAUCCCCUCCUCACUGGAGUUGGCCAACAAAGUGCCCCAGGUUGGGGUAGUUUUCCCCCUUCCCCACUUGGCAGGGCUCAUUAACCCCUCCUAGGCCCAGCUUGGCUCCUAAUGAUAGAGCUGUAGCAUUUUCAGCCUUGGUAAUGGAGACCCUUGGCUGUGUGCCGCCCAUGCCUAGAUGAGAGUGAAAAAAUGCUUUUCAUCAGGGGUUUUGUGUGUUGGUUUUCUCUUUCUUAUUUCUCCCUGGUCAAUAAACAGGAUCUUGGUGAAGACGAACUCUUCUCUGUAGUGUGGUAACCCCCAGAAACCCCACUCACGUACCAGGACCCCACUGUGCCCGAUGCUGUACAAACACAUGCCAAAAAAGCACUGACCAGA